GCAGACGCCAAACCACACGGGUUCUUACUAGCCGCGCCCGCGUUAUCUUCAACAACUCUCUCGUACAUUCAUCGAGACAUCUCAACUCACGCCAUGUCACGCCAUGUCACGCCGUCCUAAUUUCCAAGGCGGCCGACGCGGAGGCGGAGGCGUUCCCGGUCGUGGUGGAGAUAGAGGACGGGGACGAGGAGGACGUGGUGAGCAGCGGUGUUGGGAUCCUGUUUGGAGAGCGGAACGAUUGAGACAAAAACAGAGUGAGAUGGAGGUUCUUGAUGAAGAUGAAUGGUGGAGUAAAAUGGAGCAAAUGAAGGCAGCGCAGAAAAAAACCCCUGCACAGAUUGUCAGAUUAGACAAUGCCUUCAAAAUGGCUGGACUAUGGGUCAAUAACAUGAGCAAGGCUGUAGAAGAUGAACCAGCAGAAGUAGAAUCAGAGGGCGGGCCUUCUAGGCUCGGACUUGGUGCAAAAGAAGUUCCACGCCAUUCUAAAGCUAGACUAUCAAAUGACCCUGUCGAAAGGAGGUUAUAUGCCAAGUUGGAAGCUGGAAAGAGAAGAGCUGCUAAAAUUAUUGAGGAUUCCAUUGUACCAGCUAGAGAUUGCAACGAGGAUGAUGACAGUGACAGAGAAUUAGAAAGCAGAACCAGUACAUUUGCAAAGAAGAGACCAGGUCCUCAAGUACAAUCUCUACAAGUUAAGAAGAAACAGAAGUAACUUGUUACCUUAUCAAAGAUCAAAUGUAACGUUUGUGUUUUGUAUCUGUUAAGUCAUUUGUCAUGUGCAAAUUAAACAAUACUUUAAAAAAUACCACUAUCCUUUCAAAUAUGCAAUAACAUUUGGUGCUCAAGGGCGUCCUCCUGGGGUGGGAGGUUUGGUACUAGACCGAAUGGGGAAACUGGAUGCAAGGCUUCUCGGUCUACAAGGGAUAACUUCGAAAGAGCAGAGUUGUGGGCUUUUAGACAGAUAGAGUUCUGCAUGUUCCAAGGGAGAGUAACCGAUGUGCUGGUUUUAUAGCUGGUGUUGGAUCGGUAAUCUAGAUAUCCGGCAAGUUUAGGACAGUCUCUUAAUAUUUAUGGAUUCAUCUUCGAGAGCAGCAUAGCUAUUACCUUGUCCUUCAAGCUGUAAUCAAUAUACUAUAUUAAAGAAAUUUUUGUAUAUCUUAAUGUUUUUUGAAA